UGGUAGGUAUAAAAGUAGUUGAACUGUUUGAUAACAUAGUUAAACGUAGUGAUUACAUUAUAGUAGUUGGACGUUACAUAAAGUUGGGGUUUCGCAAUUACAAGUGAAUUGUGUGAUUCAUUUGUAUUUACAACAUGAAGAAAUAUUUACUAUAUGUUACAUACUAUUUAGCGUUCCUUUUUACAAAUGGUAUGGAAAUUGACGAAAAGUGUAAUUUUUUAGACACUAAAUUACAGCCAAACACUUUUAGACUUUUGAGUAGAACAAUAGUACCCGAGCUUGGUGGGAAGAUGAAAGGAGACUCGGGCAAAAUAGGAGUUAUUGGCGGUUCAAUUGAAUAUACGGGAGCGCCUUAUUUUUCAGCCAUAACAGCUUUAAAGGUCGGAGCCGAUUUGGUGUACGUAAUAACUACGGAUACUGCCGCUCCAGUCAUUAAGGCUUACAGUCCUGAUCUUAUCGUUUACCCGUUUUUGAGUGCUAAAUAUUCUUCGAGAAUAAGAUCGUUGCUUCCAAAAAUGGAUGCUAUUAUUAUCGGUCCUGGUUUAGGGAGAGAAAGUGAUACAUUACAUUUGAUUUACGACAUAAUUCAGGACUGUAAAAGCUUGGGAAAACCUUUGGUAAUAGACGCUGAUGGACUUUUUGCAAUCACAAAAAAUAUAUCGAUAUUAAAGGAUUAUCCUUGUCCAGGAGCGAUUAUGACACCAAAUUCACGAGAAGCUACUAGAUUAAUGGAAGCUGUAUCAAAAAAUGAUACUAACUGGUAUAGUUACUGGGGAAAAUGCGUAUCGGUCUUGGUAAAAGGUGAAAAGGAUCAUCUUUUUGCGAAUACACCUUCUUAUAGUUGGGCCGCAACUGGUGGAGGUUCUGGCCGAAGAGUUGGUGGACAAGGAGACAUAUUAUCCGGAGCUUUAGGAACAUUUUAUAACUGGGCAUUAAAGAGUGACCUUUGUAAGAAUGAAAGCCACCCGCAACUAGCCCAAAGCGUCGCCGCAUACGCUGCUGCUAAAAUAACGAGAUUGACUAAUUAUAAAGCCUACGCUCGUAAUGGUCGAGGCAUGUUAGCGUCAGAUAUGAUCAACGAAAUUCAUUCAGCAUUCGAUUCGACAUUCUUUUGGAUUUAGGGAUUAGAUAGCUAUAAGGAUUUUUUAUACAAUGAAAUAACAGCAACGAAACAACAAAAAAAUGCAUUUAAAUACAUCGUGAAAGUUUUA